AAAAAGUGUAUUUUGAAAGGGAGGCUGGGAAAUCUUACCUGGAAGGGGGUAAAAUGUUCUAAAUAGCAGGAACCCAUAUUUAACUAGUAUUCAAUGCUUGGAACUAUUUUUAAAUCCCAAUCUUUCUUUUUAGUGAAUUGAAGACAGUCUUUCCUCUCCAGUAAUGCUUUCCUCUCUGUUUUUCCUAUAUGUAUAAUUCUAUGAAGUCAGUUGGACUAAGACUGGACCAAAAUUCCCAACUAGCUUUCAUGUCUAGGAGUGGACUAGAACUCAAAGUCACCUGGUUUCUAUUACUGCACUCUAGAUACUAUAUCAAAUAAACUUUCAAAUAAACAAAUUUAUUACUGAGACUUGAAUAAUACUUUAAUCAUAAUCCAUGAUAAAUUCCAGUAUGGGAAUUCAUGCUGCUGUAUGUUAUGUUAUGUCAUGUAGUGUAUGUUAUGUGAGUCUUAGCAUCAGUGUUCUCUAACACAAAUGUCCCUGCUUCCAACGAAGAGUCGUAACAGAUGGCAGUAUUAAGAUUUGGCAAUAAUUCUAACGUGCGUGGAACUGUAUCACUACCUAUUCUAAGAAUUAUAGGCGAUCAGAACCUUGGCGAUCCGAACGUUCUGUCCGCCCUUCCGAGGCGGCGCGCGCAACCAUGGCGGUCAAGAUCAAGGUGGUUUAUUGCGGAGCCUGAGGCUACAAACCCAAGUUUCUACAGCUCAAGAAGGAACUCGAGAAGGAGUUUCCGGGCAAGCUGGAAAUUAGCGGCGAAGGGACUCAAGUCACAGGAUGGUUUGAAGUGAUAGUAGCUGGGAAGACGGUGCACUCCAAAAAGAACGGAGAUGGCUUUGUGGACGACGAUGUCAAACUCAACAAGAUAAUUAAGGCUAUCAAAGCAAAUUUGGCAUGAAGACCUCUUUAGGCCUGGGCUAGCAGUUCAAAAUGCAACAGAGCUCAAGAAAAAAUCUGUUUUGUUCAUCUUGGCGAAUCGCUCAAUGACGGGAGCUGCUGAAAUGUUGCUUGACACCUGGCAGUUCCCUGAAAACUUUGCGCUGGAUGCCAACCUGAUCAGGGCUGGAUGGAAAAACUUGGGCUCCAAUUCAGUGCUUGGGUGUGAAUUAAGUCUGCAACUCCUAACAUACCUGCUUUCUGUUUUCAUUGUGUGCUGCAUGCAAAUACAGCUUUCUUUAUGUUUUUUUUUAAAUACUUGCAUUAUUGACCAGUAAUUGUGAAAAAGGAGAAAAAUAGGAAGAGUGGGAGAUUCAUCAAAUGUUUGCUUUCGUCGUAUCCAAACGCUUCCAAUAGAUGAUGAAACCAGAUGCAAAAAACCCUUUGUCUCGAACAACAAUUUUAGAAUCCUAAAACAUCUUAACUUGAAAAUGUGCAUUCUUCUUUCUUUCUUUCCUGCUGCUCCUCACUUCCCCACUGCAGGAUUGUGUGCUUUAUUAUACCCACUUCUGACUUCUUUGCUCAAACAUUGUCAAAUGCACUGAACGUUUAAUAAAAUGUUACUUCAAAAAAAAAAAAAAAAAAAAAAAA